AUUUAGCUGGAUUACCGUCACUGACUCUCAGCAACUUCACACAUCAUUUAUCUCUGCUCCACAGGCAGCACAUUAGAUACAGAUUAUACAAAAUCUUGGCCUUCCCACAACCGUAUCAAGAUCAGCAAUAUAUCAACAUGAAAUACCCCAACAUCAUCUUCCUGUUGUUCUGCAUUGAAAUCAUGGUGGGGCAGUUCCUCAACGCCCAAAGUUCGCCUCCUAACAAUGAGACAACUACUGCACUGACACCAAGCCCAGCUGCACAAGACUAUCUCAACACAAACUCUACAUUCUUUGAACUAACAUCCAACAAACAAACAUCAGCCUCCCAAACCUCGGAUAAUCAUGUCACUUCUCCCCCACCUUCACCUCCACCCCAGACCCCCAGCACCCCCUCACACAGUAUCAUCUUCAGGAAGGAAUGUCUCUUACUGGUAAUGGUGGCAGGAGGGCUGAUCAUAGCUUGUGCCAUUCUGCUGAUUUCUACGUUUUUGUUGGCCUGUAAGGUCUGCCAACUGAACAGACGCAUCAAGAUGCUGAGCAGCAAUUCUGACCUGAUCAGCAAUACUGAAUACUGGAUGGGAACUGCCAAGAAAAAUGAAAAGAAGUCAGAGACAGACGCCAAAGAGACCACUGUGUUAAUGUCUGACUUAGGUCAAACAUGUGAUGGAGCAGGAGACAGCAGCAGCAAAGAUGAUAAAGGAAACAAGGAUGGACACAAAGAAAAAGGCAUAUCUGAGAAUGGGGGGGAGGUAGGAGACGCUGCCAAGACUGAAGAAACAUCAGCAGGUGAAAAUACAAAAGAGACGCCUGCAACCAUUGCUGAAAAUUCAUCCACCUCAAAGCCUCAAAAAGAGGAUGGGGAUUCCCAGUCCACCAAAGCUGAGGAAAACUCAUCCGCUGAAGGCAAAGAGGAAGUUAAGGAUGCAGCUUAAAGUUUAGCGUCUUAGGCCCUAAAGAGUUUUCCGAGCAACAGCCUUGACUUCCUUGUAGCUUCAAGGCCCCUUCAAGGGCAGGAACUAAGAAAUAGCCAAUUCUUUACUUAGGUUUUCAGAUAUAUUUACCUUACUUUUCUGGCAGCAUCUAUACUUUUACUCAUGACCUUUCAACACAAAUAUUUCUACUUUCUUCUUCUUAAAAUCUUCAGAUCUUUACUUAAACCUUAAAGAUCUAGAAAUAUUUUUGUGGCGUCAUCCAGAUCAAUUUUUCUGUACAUUUAACCUUUCCUGAGUAAUUUAUUACUCUUUAUCAUAGUACUCUGCGUCCUACAUUUGGCUGAUAGUCAAGUAUUUUCAUAUAUUUCAUUUACUGAACAUAGAUUUUCAGAAAAGCUCAGAGUAAAUUUAUAGGUUAUUGUAUCAAAAUGGAAAAUUAAAGCUAAAUAUAUCAUUAAUUGAACACAAA